AUGAAGGGGCUCUUCUCCCCUCGCCGGAGCAAUGGGCAGCCGAAAGGCCGGCCGCCCGUUACUGCUCGUGAGGUCAUCUCGUUUGCACCUGGUACUGACGGUUCCCUCGCACAGGCUCCCACCAACCCUUCGCCCGCGCCGCCGCCCAAGAAAGACCUCCAAAUGCCGCAGCCAUCCCCCCUCGAAAAGAGACUGAAGGACAUGGGGCCGAUCCGCGGCGAUGGUAGCGACAAGUUUUUUGGAAUGGAAAACUACGGCAACACCUGUUACUGCAAUUCGAUCCUCCAAUGUCUUUACUACUCCGUUCCUUUCCGUGAGGCCGUUAUCAACUAUCCGCAGCGCACGCCCGUCGAGAGCCUCGAGGCUGCCCUCGCCCAGAAUCUUCGAUACCAGAACCCCAAUGCGCAUUUGGAGGCCGAGGCGCAGGCGGCCAAGCAAAAGGCCGCUGCCCCAGCGCCGUCAGCGCGACAAGCAGGCGUGCCGCCCAAUCAACCACAGAAGCCAGAAGAUAAGGACUCGCCUGAGUAUAAGAAGAAGGUUGCACUGCAGACGCUGCCAUUGUUAGAGACCAAGAACAAUGCCAACAGUUACGGCAUGUCGGAGUCUCUCUUCACAUCAUUGAAGGAUAUUUUUGAGUCCCUGGUAGGCAGCCAGUCUCGGAUCGGAGUGAUCCGACCACAGCAUUUCUUGGACGUGUUGCGGCGGGAGCAUGAGAUGUUCCGGACGGCAAUGCACCAGGAUGCUCAUGAAUUCCUGAAUCUAUUGCUGAAUGAGGUGGUGUCGAAUGUCGAAGCGGAAGCGACGAAGCAGUCAUUCACGGAGAAGUCUCUCCCUCCGCCACCGUCUGAUAGUGCAGAAUCCUUGGGGAUGGUGACUAACAGCACAGGCUCGAAGUCUCCAAAUACGACCAGAUGGGUGCACGAGCUUUUCGAAGGAAUCCUGACCUCAGAGACCAGGUGCUUGACCUGUGAGAAGGUCUCGCAGCGUGAUGAGGUGUUUUUGGAUCUUUCGGUCGACUUGGAACAGCAUUCCUCCGUAACCGCUUGUCUUCGAAAGUUUUCAGCCGAGGAGAUGCUUUGCGAGCGGAACAAAUUCCACUGUGACAAUUGCGGUGGUCUCCAGGAGGCUGAGAAGCGUAUGAAGAUCAAGCGCCUGCCCAGAGUGUUGGCUCUCCACCUCAAACGUUUUAAGUACACGGAGGAUCUGCAGCGGCUACAGAAGCUCUUCCAUCGGGUUGUCUACCCAUACCAUCUCCGCCUGUUCAACACGACGGACGACGCUGAGGACCCAGAUCGACUCUACGAGUUGUACGCCGUUGUUGUGCAUAUUGGAGGUGGGCCUUAUCACGGUCAUUAUGUUGCGAUCAUCAAAACCGAAGAUCGCGGCUGGCUACUGUUUGACGACGAGCUGGUGGAGCCGGUCGACAAGAAUUACGUUCGGAAUUUCUUCGGUGAUCGACCUGGCUUGGCCUGUGCAUACGUUCUGUUCUACCAGGAGACCACGCUCGAGGCUGUUAUGCGAGAGCAGGCUGAGGAGGACGCGGCAUCCACCGCAGCCGCAGCCGAGGCCGGCGACCUUGGGAAAACUAAUGGAUUCUCGACAUCGCCAAACAACCUGGUCCAAGUCCACAGUGCCGGCUACGUUCCUUCAGAAGAGCCACAUCGAUUCACUCCAAUUAGCAAGAUGACGACGGCUCCUCAGUUGGAGCCUCACUAUGAACACCCGGAGUCCGAUUCGUCCUCACAACAACAGCCCAUCCCACCCGCCCAGCCUCAACCUCCGCUGCCACCUAUCCCCGAUGAGCAGCCCCCGAUCUUGAACGCGAGGAAGAGCGACGUCCAAUCCAAGAAGGAAAAGGCUCGGGAGGAGAAGGAGCGUCGUGCAGCGGAGAAAGAACAGGAAAAGAACGAGAAAGCUCGACGCAGAGAGCUCGAGCUGCAACGCCAGGCGGACGUCAGGCGUGAGGCCGAGGAACUUCGACAGGCCAUUGAGGCCAGUAAAGCUGAUGCCGUUGAUCUUGGCCCUGAAAAUGGAUCUCCCAGAAAGUCUUCCAGCUUCAGCUUCCUUCGCCGUGGUAGCCGCAGCCUCAGCCACCGCCUCAGCAAGGACAAGGAGCCUCGAGUGUCAACUUCGGACCUGGUGCCCACGCCAGUUCCCGAGGCUCCAGUCAAGGAAGCGCUAGAGGCAGAUCAGCACUCUGUGUCACCAAAGGAUCCCUCCCCCAUCUCCAACCCAAAGAUGGCCUCGAGAGUGCCGGUGCCUCCGCCGAUACCCAAGGACACUAAAGAAUUCAAGAACGAAAAGACUGGCCACACUCACCGGUGGAGGUCUCUCAGCUUUAAAAAGGCAGCAUGA